CUGAGCGGGCCUCCUUCCCGCGACGAGGCCACGCCUUUCUCUCCGCCCCCUCGACCGCCUAUUGGCCACAGGCCACUGUGAGGUAGCGGGCGGCGGUCUCUGGAUCCUCAUUGGCGCAGUGCGACGUCGCUCGGCGGCAGCCCCGCCCCCUCAGGAGCUUACAUUUACGCUGUAGCAAAAGAGAAAGUAACUCUGUGUUGCUGCUGGGGAUCAAUGAAGCUGAGUGAAUGGGGGCGCACUGCACGAGCGCAUAGCUGGAGCGGGCGCCAGAUGGUGGAGGGCUACGCUUAUUGAUGAAACUCUUGAGUUCUUCUUGAAUUGCCAGUUCUCAGCCUCCUCAUGCCUCCAUCUCCUCUAGAGGACAGGGUAGUAGUGACACUGUCUAGGCCUGUCCGACCUCAGUAUCUCAACCUUUGUUUAGACUCUAGCUACCUUGGCUCUGCCACCCCAGGCAGCAGUAGCCACUCUCCUGUCAUUGCCACCACCGUUGUGACCCUCAAGGCUGCGAACCUGACGUAUAUGCCCUCAUCCAGCGGCUCUGCCCGCUCCCUCAAUUGUGGAUGUAGCAGUACUAGCUGCUGCACUGUGACAACCUACGACAAGGAUCACCAGACCCAGACUCAAGCCAUUGCCGCUGGCCCUGCCACCACCGCCAUAGGAACCUCGACCACCUGCCCUGCCAACCAGAUGGUCAACAACAAUGAGAACACAGGCUCUUUAAGUCCAUCGGGUGGGGUGGGCAGCCCUGUGACAGGGACUCCCAAGCAGCUAGCCAGCAUCAAAAUCAUCUACCCCAAUGACCUGGCAAAGAAGAUGACCAAAUGCAGCAAGAGUCACCUGUCCAGCCAGGGUCCUGUCAUCAUUGACUGCAGGCCUUUCAUGGAGUACAAUAAGAGUCAUAUCCAAGGAGCUGUCCACAUUAACUGUGCGGAUAAGAUCAGCCGGCGGAGGCUGCAGCAGGGCAAGAUCACUGUCUUAGACUUGAUUUCCUGUAGGGAAGGCAAAGACUCUUUCAAGAGGAUCUUUUCCAAAGAAAUUAUAGUUUAUGAUGAGAAUACCAAUGAGCCGAGCCGAGUGAUGCCAUCCCAGCCACUUCACAUAGUCCUCGAGUCCCUGAAGAGAGAAGGCAAAGAACCCGUGGUGUUGAAAGGGGGACUCAGUAGUUUUAAACAGAACCAUGAAAACCUCUGUGACAACUCCCUCCAGCUCCAAGAGUGCCGGGAGGUGGGGGGCGGCGCAUCUGCGGCCUCGAGCAUGCUACCUCAGUCUGUCCCCACCACCCCUGACAUCGAGAACGCAGAGCUGACGCCCAUCCUGCCCUUCCUGUUCCUUGGCAAUGAGCAGGAUGCUCAGGACCUAGACACCAUGCAGAGGCUCAACAUCGGCUAUGUCAUCAACGUCACCACUCAUCUUCCCCUGUACCACUAUGAGAAAGGCCUCUUCAACUACAAGAGGCUGCCGGCCACUGACAGCAACAAGCAGAACCUGCGGCAGUACUUCGAGGAGGCAUUUGAAUUCAUUGAGGAAGCUCAUCAGUGUGGCAAGGGCCUCCUCAUCCACUGCCAGGCGGGUGUGUCCCGCUCUGCCACCAUCGUCAUCGCCUACUUGAUGAAGCACACACGGAUGACCAUGACUGAUGCUUACAAAUUCGUCAAAGGCAAACGACCAAUUAUUUCCCCAAACCUCAACUUCAUGGGGCAGUUGCUGGAAUUUGAGGAAGACCUAAACAAUGGUGUGACACCACGGAUCCUGACACCAAAGCUGAUGGGCAUGGAGACAGUUGUGUGACAACAGGCGUGAUGGAAAGGGCCAUGGCUCUGUUCGGAAAUGAACAGGCGUGAAGCGGGGGAGGGAGUUCUGGUUUUGUUUUCUGUUUUUUUUUUUUUUUUGUUUUUUGUUUUUUUAAAGUUGGGGGAAAGUUUGUGAAAGGAAACAAACUUGUCUAAAGACUCUAUUUUUAAUAAGUGUGAGGAGACUAUAACUUCUGAUACCACUGAGAUUCAGUUCUCUUAAUCUGGUAUUGCAAGGAGGUUAAAGAGGUCAUUUUCUUUUUUUAAGCCAACAAAUAAAAAGAUUAUGAAACUUG